UCACCGGCUUGACAUAGUAUUAUAUACAGCUCAGGUACUGGGUUGCAUGCUUCCCACCUAAAGUUCACAUGGUUUCAUCGCUGGCUUCCCAUUUUUAGCACUAAAAACCAGAAGGAUCCUAAUAAUCUAAUACGAGUGGCCGCCAUGAAAACAUGAUGGUUGCUAUCUUCGCUAUUAGAAUAGUCCAUAUUCCCAGAGAGUAUGUCGAGGUUCAUUAUGAAGAGUCUGAGAAUAUUAUAUAUAAACACACAAUCUGUACAAGAAAUCCAACCAAAGAUUCAAACCAGAGGUUUCAGGUAGGAGAGAUAUAAGAAGAAAUGGAGGCAGUAAUGGCAGCAAACCCAGUGAUAAAAGUCGCAGCUCUUUGCGGGUCCCUUCGUAAAGGCUCCUAUAACCGUGGCCUCCUUCGUGCCGCAACGGAGUUAAGCAAGGAGUCAGUGAAGGGUAUUCAAAUCGAGUAUAUAGAUAUUUCAGAGCUACCUAUGCUGAACACCGAUCUUGAAGGUGCCAAUGGUUCUCUUCCGGCUGCGGUUGAAGCUUUCCGGCAAAAGAUUCGUGAAGCUGAUAGCAUCCUUUUCGCUUCCCCUGAGUAUAAUUACUCAGUCUCUGCACCUUUGAAGAAUGCGCUUGACUGGGCAUCCAGACCACCAAACUGCUGGGCUGAUAAAGCAGCCGCCAUAGUAAGUGCUGGUGGAGGCCUAGGCGGUGGGCUAGCGCAAUACCAUCUUCGUCAAAUUGGAGUCUUUCUGGAUCUUCAUUUCAUAAACAAGCCUGUGUUUUUCUUGAAUGCGUUUGCUCCUCCUGCGAAAUUCGAUGGCGAUGGCAACUUGAUUGAUCCAGCAUCCAUGGACAGACUUAAGGAAGUUCUUGUCAGCCUGCACGCAUUUGCUUUGAGACUCAAACGGACUUAACUGAUUUUAUUCUGUGUUAUUUCAUACUUCAAGAAUUGAAUUCUUCUUAUUAGGUGUAAGUUGUAGGCUGUUUCAAGAGCUAAAAGUUGAAAUAAAAUUUUUUGUUUUGAA